AUGUUUUUAUCUAUGUAUGCCAGAAUGUUAAUUUCUACCUAUCGAUCUAACACUGUUCAUAUCUAUCUAUCUAUCUAUCUAUCUAUCUAUCUAUCUAUCUAUCCUCAGACACUAUCUCAAUCUGUUCAUAUCUAUCUAUUUCUGUUUAUUCCGAUCUAUCUAUCUAUCUAUCUAUCUAUUUUUCUAUCUAUCUAUCUAUCUAUCUAUUUCUUUAUGUUUAUUCCUAUCUAUCUAUCUAUCCUUAUUCGGUUCUAUCUAUCUAUCCUCAGACAUCUAUCUAUCUAUCUAUCUAUCUAUUUAUUUAUCUUUAUCUAUCUAUUUCUUUCUGUUUAUAUCUAUCUAUUUCUCUCGCUAUCUGUCAACCACAAUCCGGUCUUGUCUAUCAAUUCCAAACUGUUCAUAUCUAUCUAUCUUUGUUCAUAUCUAUUUAUCGAGUUAAGUCUGUUAAUAUCUAUCUAUCUAUCUAUCUAUCUAUCUAUCUAUCUAUCUAUCUAUCUAUCUAUCCUCAGACAGUUCAUAUCUACCUAUUUAUCUAUCUAUUAUGUUUAUUCCGAUCUAUCUAUCUAUCUAUCUAUCUAUCUAUCUAUCUCUGUGUCUUCAUAUCUAUCUAUCUAUUUUUUCUAUCUGUCUAUCUACCUAUCUAUUUCUUUAUGUUUAUUCCGAUCUAUCUAUCUAUCCUCAGACGGUUCAUAUCUAUCUAUCUAUCUAUCUAUCUAUCUAUCUAUCUAUCUAUUUCUUUAUCUCGCUAUCUGUCAACCACAAUCCGGUCUUGUCUAUCAAUUCCAAACUGUUCAUAUCUAUCUAUCUUUGUUCAUAUCUAUUCAUCGAGUUAAGUCUGUUAAUAUCUAUCUAUCUAUCUAUCUAUCUAUCUCAUCUGUUCAUAUCUAUCUAUCUAUCUAUCUAUGUCAUUUCAUCCUUGAUGUAUUACAGGAAAUCGAUGAAGACAAAGUUAGUUGUCAAAAGGUCGCUUUCAGAGUUGGAGAGCGGUAA